AUGAUUCCUUCAGUUUCUGCAUUACAAGCUUACAACAACAUAUACGGAACUGCAAAGGUUGCUCAGACGUCUCCGCAGAUGCUCGCUCAAGCAGCAUCGUACAAAUCCAUGGUGGCGUUCGAUGCACUCGCCAACAAGCCAGGCGAUAUCUACAGCAGAAGGAGUCUUCUCUCAGCAUUCAGUAGGAGAGAGGUAGACGACCUCGUCGGCAGAUACUCUUUGACUCCUACACAGCUUGCAGAUACACGCAAACUUGCUAGAAUGUCCGCUAUGGCUAUUGUGGGCGAUAGAAUUUAA